CUCAGCUGGCUCGCCCCUCCAUACUGCCAUCGAUCAUGAAGGUAAGUGGUGGCUUAGAUUGAUUUCAUGUGUCAUCACCGUGGUUUCUGAUCCCAUCUUUCCUGGAAUCCGAUUGCAGAAGAUCGUGUUGAAUGUCUGCAUCAUGUGCAACAAGUGCAAGAUCUGCAUCAUGACGAUCAUCGCCCACUUCGAGGGGGUUGUGUCGAUAGCACUGGACGCCGAGAGGAACACUGUGACGAUAGUGGGGAACGUCGACGCCACGCUCAUCGUGAAAGCGCUGAGGAAGGCCAAGAAGACAGUCGACAUCGUCAGCGUCGGGGAAGCCGGCAAGGACAUGGAGGAGAAGACGAAGAAGAAGGUGGAGCUAUGCACGCCGUCGCAGUCGCACUGCAGCUCUUGCAGGCCGGUGAUGGUGGUGUACGACGAAACCAAUUGGUGUAGCAUCCUCUAAAGCAGUUGAUUGUGCUACUACUUAUUCAUGUGUUUA